AUGUCAGGUAGUGACCAUGAACAUGGAUCGCAUCACAAUCAUCGGGACGAUGGAGAAGAGAAGAGGCACUUGAUUGUUCUUAAGGUUGGCACCUCGACACUGAUGAAGCCCUGCCACACUGUGAAUAUGGCCAACAUGGGAGGCUUAGUGGACCUUGUGGCUAGCAUUAUGCGGUUGCCAGGAUAUCAAGUUAUCAUAGUCACAUCCGCUGCUGUCGGCUUCGGCUGCCUCAAGCUGAACUUAGCGACCCGUCCCAGGUCUGAUCAACUCUCGUUGAAGCAGGCAGUGGCAGCUGCCGGUCAGUCCCUGUUGAUAAGGCUCUAUGAGGACCUCUUCAAUGCUUACAACCUCAAGGUCGCACAGAUCCUGCUAUCCCGGUCCGACUUCUCGGCGAAGGACCGUUUUAGGAACUUCCGAAAUGCAGCGAAUGAGCUCCUCAACAUGGGCGUUAUUCCUAUCAUAAACGAGAACGAUUGUAUAUGCGUGGAUGAGCUCCGAUUUGGCGACAACGACACACUAUCUGCAUUAGUUGCAGUGAGUUGUAAUGCGGAUAAGCUGUUCCUCCUCACUGACGUCGAUUGCCUGUACGAUAAGAAUCCACACGAGUUCCCCGAUGCCAAACCCAUAAGGGAGCUGACUAGUGUUGAUCUCGCUAAGUUGGAUGUUGAAGUUGCGGGAGACAGUCAAUGGGGCACCGGUGGUAUGGCUACCAAGUUAGUGGCGGCUAGGACUGCUGUUGCUGCUGGAAUCGAGUGUAUUCUCACGCAUGGUGCCAAGCCCAAUAAGGUACUGGAAUAUCUCCGAGACGGAUCCGAGAAGGAGCUGAUGACAGUCUUCAGAGUGGCUUCCGAUAAUAUUCAGUUCGCAGUAUCGAAGAUGACCUGGAGGCGACGCUGGAUGCUGGGCCUUGAGACAAGAGGAGUUAUCAAACUGGAUAAGGGGGCAGCCGAUGCUAUAAGGAAAAAGAAGAGCCUCUUUGCGGCGGGCAUCAUAGAAGUCACGGGGAGCUUUCAUCGUGAUGACUGCGUGUCGCUUGUGGACGGCGAGACCGGCGAGGAAAUAGCCCGAGCCCUCGUGAAUCUUCGGGACUUCGAAGUGAAGAAAAUUAUGGGCCAUAGAUCUUCUGAAUAUGCGGAAUUGUUGGGCUGUGUUGUAGCACCGGAAGUUGCGUAUCGUGAGAACAUAAUACUCACUACAGGGGCCCUUGCGGUUUUCGAAAGCGAGCCGGAGGACUCGGAUCAACCCUCGGUCUAAUGCUGAAGGAUGCCCUGUGGAAAAGUCCUGAGAAUGCCAUACAAGGCGCGUCCUUAGCUGCCGAAGUGUCAAGCUGAUCCCUCAUUGUUGGAUACAUUCUGUCCAUCUCUAACUGGUGA